AUGUCCCAACCCCCCAACGGCGCCCCCCGGACGCCGCGAAAGCCGGACAUCGGAAGCACGCACGGCGUCUGGCUCGGCGGCGUCUGCGAAGACGACUGCAGCGAGGACGCUUGGCGGCGCGUCAGCGAGGACCAAAAGCAGCGCGCGAGCGUCGACGCCGNGAGGCGACCUCCUCCUCCUCCUCCUCCUCCUCCUCCGAAGCGCGUCGCCGCGGCCGCGGCGGGCGACGCGCGGUGCGUCUCCGAGCGCGUCGUCGUCGACGCGCGGAACGUCUCCGUGUACGUCAAGCCCUCGUUCGGUCCCGCGGCGGCGGCGGCCGCGGCGGCGAAGAGGAAGCGAAGGCGCGCGUCGCGCGCGUCGCGGUGCUGCGGCCGCGGCGAAGCCGCGACGCUCGAGGAGGGCGGCGCCGGCGGCGGCGGAAGCGAAGAAGAAGAAGAAGAAGAAGAAGAAGAAGACGACCUCGACCUCGCGCGCGAGGGCUUCGUGAAGAUCCUUCGCGGCGUCUCGUUCGUCGCGCGCCCGGGCGAGGUGCUCGCCGUGCUCGGGCCGAGCGGCUCAGGAAAGACGACGCUCCUCAACGCAGUCGCGGGGCGGCUCAGGUGCGCGCGCUAUCACGCUCUCGUCCUUCACCCACCGCUCGGUUUCGACGUUCGCGUCUCGUCGCGCGACGCGCGCGUCCGCGGCGACGUCCUCUUCAACGGCCGCCGCGCUACGCGUCGGACGAACCGCGACAUCGGGUUCGUGUCGCAAGACGACGUGUUGUUCCCGUCGCUCACCGUGCGCGAGACGGUGCGAUACGCCGCGUCACUGCGGCUGCCGAGUCGGGCCUACGCCAAAAAAGAGAAGAUCGCCGUCGCGGAGAAAGCGAUGACCGAGUUGGGUCUGAGCCACUGCGCGGACACGAUCAUCGGCGGCGUGUUCGUGCGCGGGGUCUCGGGCGGCGAGCGAAAGCGCGCGUGCAUCGCCGUCGAGCUCGUCGUCGACCCGAGCGUGUGCUUCAUGGACGAGCCCACGAGCGGCUUGGACGCCACCGUCGCGCUGCGUCUCGCGGAGACGCUCAAGACGCUCGCGAAGGACCGCGCGAGGACGGUCGUACUCACGAUCCACCAGCCGUCCUCGAGGGUGAUGGCCGCGAUGGACGCGGUGCUGUUGCUCUCGCGAGGCGCGCGCGCGUAUUAUGGAUCCUUCCCGAUGCCGUUCGGGAUGAACCCCGCGGACUUCGUGCUCGACCUCGCGAACGGCGACGCGUCCGCGUGCGGCGGCGACGCCGAGUCCAAGACCCCGGACGAGGUCGCGUCGACGCUCGCGCGCGCGAGCGCGGACCGCAUCGGGCGCGUGGACGACAACGGGUGGGAAGUCAAAGGUCCCGACGCGUCGACGAUCGACACUUCCCUCGUUCCCCUCGACGGUUCAUCACAUCCCGACGCGCAGUCGCCGCCGCCGCCGCCGCUGUGGGCGUGCGCGUGGCACGAAGAAGUCCUCCUCCUCCUUCGGCGCUCGCUCGCGACGCGGCGCGGGCAGCUCUUCGACCGGCUGAAGAUCGGCCAGGCCAUCGUCGUCGCGCUCAUCGUCGGCGCGUUGUGGUACGGCCGCGGCGACGACCCGGGCGUCGCCGCCGUCGCGGACGUCGCCGGGUUCCUAUUCUUCAUCAUCCUCUUCAACGGAUUCCUCUCCGUCUUCGGCGCGAUAUUCACGUUCCCGGACGAGCGCGCGGUCGUCGUCAAGGAACGCCUCGGCGGCGUGUUCAGAGUGUCCUCCUACUUCUUCGCGCGGACGCUCGCGGACGUCCCGUUGGACCUCUUCGUCCCGUGUCUGUUCCUGCCAAUCGCGUACUGGCUCGCCGCGCUCAGAGCGACGCCGGUCGCGUUCGUCGCGCACGUCCUGACCGUGAUGCUGUUGACCUUGGUCUCGUCGAGCAUGGGGCUUCUCGUAGGCGCCGCGGUGAAGAUGGUCAAGACGGCGCAGACGCUCGCGAGCGUGAUCAUGCUGUCCGCCGUGCUCACCGGCGGUUUCUACUUCGACAAGACGCCGUCGUGGCUCGGAUGGACGAAGAAGGUUUCCUUCGUGAACCACGCGUACUCGAUGCUUCUGAAGAUCCAGUACCCGGACGGGCGCUUCGUCUGCGUCUCGGACGACGUCGCGGUCGACGCCGCCUUUCGAUCGCUAUCGAGCGGCGAUUACUACGUGACCCUGGACGACGGCGCCGUCGUCGUCGCGAACGCCGAGGGAAGAUGCUCGAUCGCCGACGCCGGGCUUUUGACGUUCGUCGACCUGACAGAGGGCGACGUCAGCGUGCACGUGUGGGCGCUGUUCGCGAUGCUGGUCGGGUUCAGAGCGCUGACGUACGUCGCGCUGCGUUGGAUCUCGCUCAAGACGUGA